GGCUACAGAAUACCAUAUUUCCAUUGAUGCAGUUUCAGGCUGAAUCAAUAAAGUAAUUGCUUUGGUACGUUGUAUUGAGUUCCAUCGAAAAGUCUUUCCCGUGUUAAAAUUCAAGAUUGACAGCUAAAUGAAAAUAUACAUCAUACUAGGGGAAUAACGAUGUUCGAAUGGUUGUGAUAAAAAAGGUGUCUAUUUCCAUGGUUACCAGUUCGUGGGAUUCAUAACAUUCUUCACGUAACGAGUACAAAUGUCGGCUUAAAACACUGUUUGGAUUCUUUCGCUAUUUCAAUGGGUUUGUUGGCUUUGUUGCGAAAGUUACGCGCUUCUUCCGAACAGGAAUUGCGAAUAUUAUUAUUAGGUCUUGAUAAUGCCGGUAAAACGACCCUCUUGAAGCAGCUGGCCAACGAGGAUAUAACCCACAUCACACCUACUCAAGGAUUUAAUAUUAAGUCAGUGCAGUCGACUGGAUUUAAACUAAAUGUAUGGGAUAUCGGUGGUCAAAGAAAAAUCCGACCGUAUUGGAGAAAUUAUUUUGAAAAUACCGACGUGCUAAUCUAUGUGAUAGACAGUUCCGAUCGGCGGCGCUUUGACGAAACGGCGGAAGAGUUGUCUGAGCUUCUUAACGAGGAUAAACUGGAGGGAGUGCCCUUGCUGGUUUUCGCAAAUAAACAAGAUUUAUUGGGUGCAGCGCCGCCAUCUGAAUUAGCCUUGGGCUUAGCUCUCCAGACAAUAAAAAACAGGGGAUGGCAGAUUCAGGCUUGCUGCGCAUGUACCGGUGAAGGAGUUCAGGACGGAAUGAACUGGAUUUGCCAAACGAUAAAAAAGAAAUAAUUGUAAUGUUUGUCGUCUCUGCCCAAUGUUUCGUCACAUCAAUGUUGAAUUUUCAAUGCAAUAGAAAGUUGAACUCUGUCGCAAUGGUGACAUUCGCUUUAAAUUCCCGCCCUGUAGCUAUCUGCAUAUGAGCUGGCUCGUUUGAAAAUAAACAUUCCGAAACCACA